CAUAUUUGUCUGCUACUUAGUCGUCCUUAUAUAACACUAUCCUGAGGAGCUCCUGCAUUAUUCCUGACAUACUCUGGGGAUGCUAAGAGAGAACGAGGGAGAUAUGUCAGGAAAGGGGAAGAAACUCCAACUUCUACGCUCCAUUACAAAGUCGGAUGCGGCAAACAAGACGUCAAUCCUGGUAGAUGCGUCGAAAUACAUCAAGGAACUCAAGGACAAGGUUGAAGAAGCAUCCACCGUUGCUUCAGCAGCUGACAGUAGCAGCUCCGGUUCUGGCAGCGCCGUGGCAGCAACACAGGUGAGCGUCUCGUCAGUGGAUCUGGAUAACAACAGCAGCAACAGUAGUAGCAGGAGAGGCUUCCGGAUCAACGUGUCGAUGGCAAGGAGCCGGGCGGGGCUGCUGGUGUCCGUGCUGGAGGCCUUGGAGGACCUCGGCAUCGACGUCCUGGACGCCGACGUCUCCUGCGCCGACGACACCGCCUUCCGCCUCGAGGCGCUGGGAUCAGGUCAGGGUCAGGGCCAGCAGCAGGCUGCAAGUGGAAGCGUGGAUGAGCAAAAGGUUCGCCAGGCGGUGUUGCAGGCCAUCAACAAAUGCAUCAACGAUGACGACGAGUAACAACAGAAGACUAUGAAAGAAACCUGAACAUUGCCAUUGGUCCUUGGAGCUCAUGCAAGAGCAAGCUUGGCCAAGGAAUUCGAUCGUCAAGUUAAAGCUAGUUUUAAUUUCUGUCGUUCCUCAGCAUGGUUAAUAAUUUCACAACGAAACACGCUUCCUGUGUGUUGCAGUUGCAAAUUUUCUACCCAAUGCAAAUUAACACGCUUCCUCAGCAUUGGCCAAGGAAGCAAGUCUCUGUAAUAGCAUUUUCUACCCAAUGCAAAUUAACACUUUCCUGUGUGUUGCAGUUGCAAA